UUUCCAAGAUUAUAACCAGUUUUAUGCAACCCUCAGAACCAAAGAAACUUUAACAAAGGAUUAAACAUUAUGUAAACAAAGAUCCUUUGAUUUACCCCUCCGCCUCUCCAAGGGACAGGAGGCUCCUGCCCACAUUCCACAGUGCUUGUCUCCUGCCAGUCACUCAGUAGGUAACUAACAUAUGGCAGCAUUGAUGAGCUCACAGACCAGAAGCAACCGUCAAUGGGAAUGGUGAAGGAUGCUCAGCUGCUUCACCAAGCUGACCUGAAAGAUCGGGAAGAUGCUUGAAGACUCACUCAAGUGAUGGAUGUCCUCCAAAAGGCUCCAAGGAUUUCAUCCUCAGCAGUAAGACAUUUAAAGCACAGACAUCUGGAAACAACCAGAAGAACAUGGCAGAACCUGAGAAAAGGUCUGCAACUCAUGGGGUGAGAUGCUUCUCCAAGAUCAAGAUGUUUUUGGUGGCAUUAACAUGGGCAUUUGUAUCCAAAUCACUAUCAGGAACUUAUAUGAAUUCCAUGCUCACACAAAUAGAGAGACAGUUCGAUAUCCCCACAUCUAUAGUUGGAUUUAUCAAUGGGAGCUUUGAGAUUGGAAACCUAUUGUUGAUUAUAUUCGUGAGUUACUUUGGAACAAAACUGCACAGGCCUAUCAUGAUUGGUGUUGGAUGUGUGGUUAUGGGCCUAGGGUGUUUCUUAAUAUCACUACCUCAUUUCCUGAUGGGUCGAUACGAAUACGAAACAACAAUUUCACCUUCAAGCAACUUGUCCUCAAACAGCUUCUUGUGUUCAGGAAACAGAACCCACACCUUAAUGCCAACACCUGACCCAAAAGAAUGUGUGAAAGAAAUUAAAUCACUAAUGUGGAUAUAUGUAGUAGUAGGAAAUAUUAUACGUGGAAUUGGUGAAACUCCCAUCAUGCCCUUGGGUAUUUCCUACAUAGAAGAUUUUGCCAAAUCUGAAAACUCUCCUUUAUACAUUGGGAUUUUGGAAACAGGAAUGAUCAUCGGCCCUUUGAUUGGACUUUUGUUGGGAUCCUUCUGUGCAAACAUUUAUGUAGACACUGGGUCUGUGAAUACAGGUGACCUGACCAUAACUCCCACGGAUACACGCUGGGUCGGUGCUUGGUGGGUCGGCUUUUUGAUCUGUGCCGGAGUGAAUAUCCUCACCAGCAUCCCCUUUUUCUUUCUUCCCAAAACACUCCCAAAGGAAGGACUGGAGGAUAACGUGGAUAUGACUAAAAGUGACACAGAAGGGAAACACCAAGAAAAAGCCAAGGAGGAAAAACGUGGACUCACUAAAGAUUUCUUACCAUUCAUGAAGAGCCUGUCCUGCAACCCAGUUUACAUGCUUUUCAUCCUUGUAAGUGUGCUCCAGUUCAACGCGUUUAUCAAUUCAUUUACCUUCAUGCCUAAGUAUCUGGAACAGCAGUAUGGAAAAUCAACUGCAGAGAUAGUCUUUCUCAUAGGUCUUUAUAACUUACCUCCAAUAUGUGUUGGAUAUAUAAUUGGUGGCUUGAUUAUGAAGAAGUUCAAGAUUACUGUCAAGAAAGCUGCGUACAUAGCAUUCUGCCUAUCCCUGAUUGAGUAUCUUCUAUCUUUCUUUAACUUUAUGUGGACCUGUGACAAUUUCCCAGUUGCUGGCUUAACUACCUCUUAUGAAGGAAUUCAACAGCCAUUAUAUGUGGAGAAUAAUGUCCUUGAUGACUGCAACACAAGGUGUAACUGCUUAACCAAAACAUGGGAUCCGGUGUGUGGAGAUGAUGGCCUCGCAUACAUUUCAGCCUGCCUUGCAGGCUGUGAGAAGUCUAUUGGAACAGGAAUCAACAUGGUGUUUCAAAACUGCAGCUGCAUUCGGUCUUCAGGAAACUCAUCUGCAGUCCUUGGGCUGUGUAAGAAAGGCCCUGACUGUACUGUCAAUCUGCAGUACUAUUUGAUCAUGUCACUAAUUGGCUGUUUCAUCUACUCUCUAUCAGCCAUUCCUGGGUAUAUGGUUCUUCUGAGGUGUAUCAAGUCUGAGGAGAAGUCACUUGGAAUUGGACUACAUGCAUUUUGUACAAGAAUAUUUGCUGGCAUUCCGGCUCCUAUUUACUUUGGUGCCUUGAUAGACAGAACCUGUUUACACUGGGGAACUCUGAAAUGUGGGGAGCCAGGGGCAUGCAGGAUAUAUGAUAUACAUAACUUCAGGCGCAUUUACCUUGGGUUGCCAGCAGCUCUAAGAGGAUCAAGCUACCUCCCAGCAGUCUUCGUUGUAUUACUGGUGAGAAAGCGCCAACUCCCUGGGGAAACUGACUGUCCAGAAAUUGAACUUGCAGAGUCGAAUCUCACAGAGAAGAAAAUCAAAUGCAUAGAUGUGCACAGAAGUCCUGAGAUCGAAAAGGAUGGAACACUCAAAACUAAGCUCUAAUGAGGUUUCUAUUGGCCUGCGCAAGACCAUGUGCAAUGUACAUUUGGUUUCAUUUCAAUCAUGAGAGGUACUAUAGGAACUCUUUUCUUAUCCUUAUGGACCUCAAAAUUAUUUCACACUUUAUAAAAAUAUUUACUCAUAGCAUUUUUCAAAACAUUGAAGUAGCACUUAAGAUUUUUCCCAGGGAAGACUCUAAUAGCUCCCACACUGAACAUUAAAUCUUUCUUCACUUGCAAAUAGCCUUUUCUUUUUUAACUCAAUUAAAACAUAUCAUGUGUUUCUCACGUAUCUUCAAUAGUGUUUAAACUCUCCCAUUCCUUAAACACUAUUCAGUUUCAUUGAAUUUAUGCUUCAUUGUUGGUAUUUAGAACUGAAAAUUUACACCUUGGUUUUGUUGCACUGAAAUAAUGUGUUUGAAUUUAUCCUAUCUAUGUGCAAGACAUUUGCAUAUCCCUUUAUCUAUUUGGGAGUUGUCAACUCUCUGUCUUUUUCACUCUAGACAUGAUGCUUCCAAACAUAGACUUCUCAUUAAUUAAUGUGUCAUCUGUUGUUUUCAAUCUGUUCUAUCAUUACUUAUAUCAUUUUGUUUAGACAACUGAUAAAUUUAAUCAGGUUAUUUAAAAUCAUGUAGCAAAGAUGGUUGGAACUUUUUCCCCUAGGGUUUCAAAUAUGGUAAGGAAACUCCCUUUUAAAAGCAAGUAUUUGAGAAAGUCAGUCCUUUCCAAAUUCCUUUGUAGACAUAGGGCUAUGUGUUAUUGGCCCAGUGUUCAUUUUACUCAUGUGUCUUCAAAGCACAUGGUUAUUAAUUUCCAAAAUCAUCUUAGAGUAAAACCAUUAAAGAGGAACCAGCUAGAAGGCUCAGUGGAAGGUGAUCUUUGCCACCAAGCCUGAUUAGGUGGUUUGAUUCCCGUCCUGUGCCCUCUUCUGCAUGUAGUGAGAGAUCCAAGCAGCCUUCCCUGUGGCACUGACACACCCAUUCAGGCAUGGUCACAGGUACGUGUUUUAGCAUGUGGGAUUUGGUCUGGGAUCUGGGAUGUCUUGCUCUCUCUUGGUUCCAGAUGAGUCACAGAGAGCAGCAGUGUGGAUCCUUGGAAAUGGAACUUGUGGGUUAUUGGUUUCUCAUGUAAGUGACUUCUCCCCAAAUAAAAUUAACCUAUGUUAUCAUAGUCCCAUGUCAUCUUAAUCUGUGCAUCUGUAUCUGUACUUCCCCAUUUGCAAACAAAUGAAAAAUGUAGACAGUUUUAGAGUGUGAUAUAAAAUUGGGGUUCAUCAAAUUUAAGGUACCCAAAAAACAAAGUUGAUUGAGGACUGCCCCUCCUAGCCUCAGGAAUUUGGACAUUUGGCUUCCAGUUGAUAACUUUCCUUGAGGAGGAUUAUGGAAUGUAUCCUUAACAGAGGAAGCACAUCACUGGUCUGGGAUUUGAGACUUAGAAGCCUCACCCUACUUCCAUUUCACUCUCUGCUUUGUGCUUUGAGGAUGUGAAAUCUCUGCUUCCUCUUACCACGCCUGAUGCUUGUUGCCAUAACCUCCUUGCCACGAGGGACUUCUAUCCCUUUGGAAUCAUAAAUUAAAAUAAACACUUUCUUGUAUA